AUGGCCGAAUCGGCGAGUGAUCUGGAUAUAAAGAAGUCAUAUAGAAAGCUCGCCAUCAAGCUUCAUCCGGAUAAAAACAAGCAUCCGCAGUCAUCAGAGGCGUUCAAGAAGUUGGCCAAGGCGUUUGAGGUGUUGAGCGACACGGGAAAACGGAAGAUAUUCGAUCAGACGGGCUCUGAUCCGGAUUCACGUGGUGCACCAAGCAUGUCGUCCAGCGGUGCUGGAUUUGGAGGGGCCAAUCCGCGGAUGAACCCAUUCAUGAACAUGAAUGGAGGCAUGCCGCAAGGAUUCAUGUUUGACGACGACAUACUGAACAUGUUUUUCGGAGGUCCGACUGCAGGGUUUGGAGGCAAUACAUUUACUUUCCAUUUUGGAGGCCCCGGAGGCGGAGCAGGUUUCCAAGGCCCGCGAGGAUUCGGACCAAGACCUACACGGCAGCGCGCCAAUGCGCAUGCAAGAGACAACCAGACCGAGCAUGGUAAGCUGUGGGAUCUGAUCACGCAGUUGGGUCCGUUAUUAAUAGUUUUCGUUCCGAUUCUGCUGGGCACGCUUUUCGGAGAAAGCAAUUCGAAUUACAACAAGUUGCCGAAAUUUUCGUUCGAAACGUCUCCGAUGUUCAGUCAGGAAAGGUUCACGCCAACAUACAGAGUUCCGUACUAUGUGAACCCGAACUCGCUGGAGUCGUACAGUGGUGGCUCUGACCGGUUGCUGAGAAACCUGGAUAAGAGCGUUGAGCAAUACUACGUCACGGAUCUGCGGAAUAAGUGCCACCGGGAAGAAACGUUGAAAGACCGGAUGAUCGAAGAUAGCUACGGGUGGUUUUUCGUCGAUAACGAGAAAUUGGAGCGUGCACAGCAACUGGAGCUCAAGAGCUGCGACCGACAGCAUACUCCUCAGUAUAUCCAACAACAACAACAUACACAACCUCCGGCGCACAUUAAAAACCUCACCCCGGAUCAAUUGCAAAACAUAUACAAACGGCUUCAACUGCUUCGAUCUCAGCACGGUGAAAAUGCCAAACAAUUGCCCGAAUUUGCAGAGCUCGCUUCCGUGCUGACUCAAUUCUCCCAGUACCAGCGACAACUCAAGGCCCGUGGCCAGAUGCCACAGUUUCAGGACAAACAGUCUUUUACUCCCAUGCAACAGCAGCCCCAGCCCCAGCAGCAACAGCAGCAGCAGCAGCAGCAGCAACCUCCACAGCCCAACAAGCCGGGCUCGUUCGGACCGUCGCAGAUCUUCUCGCCUCCUCAUUCGCAGCUGCUCAAGUACCAGAUUGCCGCGUUCAAAAAGUUUAUACAGAACCAGCCCAUAGAGCCCGAACUCGCUAAUGUCAUCAACAUAUCGUUCCAGCAGUAUAAUAGACAGGUGGGCGAGCCAAACGCGUCUUUGGACCACCAGAACGGCGCGUUCUUCAAGCAACAACAGCAGCAACAGCCACAACAAAAACAACACUUGAAAAAAGACCCGUUCGUUCCUGUUCAGAAACCUCAGAUACCCCAGAUGCAGUCCGCCAAGGCCUCGCCGAUGCAGCCGAACCAGCAAUUGAUGGCCGGCCAGCCUGUCAUGAUGAACCAGCAGCCCCAGGCAAGAACACCAAGUGCACAGCCGCAACAGUUCCACAUGCCACCCCAGCCGCCAGUCAUCAAGCAGGAGCCUCCAAAACAACCCCCAGCCAAGGGUUUGCCGCCUCAUGCGCCGGCGCCGCUCGAGGAAAUGACAAAAAAGUACCCAGACGUUUCAAACAUCAUCACUACAGUGGACCCACAGGUCAUGGUGGACAGUUUCUCGUUACCAAGAGAGCUGCCUCCUGUUCCAUUUGAGUUUCUCGAUAAUCCCAAGUCCAAAAUCAUCACACCAUCGCUGUACCCAAAGCCUCUGGAUAUCGUCCAGGCUGCAGAGACAGAGAAAUUGGUGAACCAAUUGCAUUUCCAACAAGAACUGGAUGAACUUGAAAAAUUAAAGGACGAAGACGAAGAUUACAUUUUAGAAUAUACUCUGAUGACGUUGCUGCCUUACCAAAAGGCUGUCCGCGGCCACGUGGUUAGUACCGUGUUCCAUCAAAACUCGUUGCUCACCAACCACCUUCCUAAUUUCUCAGCAAGAGUUCGAGGCGUCAACACCCAUGACGCAUCAAUUACUCACGCGCUUUACAACCAGCAAAAGACAAUGACGGCAUUAUCGAAAAGAAACAUGUUGGAGGAGCGCCAGGCUAACAUUCUUAGCGUUUCUGACGAUUACAAGAAAUACCUUUCUUCUCGCAAAGACAAGCUCUCGAGAAUUGCUAGAGGUGUGCACAAUUUCCACGCCCAAACCGAGAAGGAGGAACAACGUCGUGUCGAAAGAAACGCCAAGCAGAGAUUACAGGCUCUUAAGGCCAACGAUGAAGAGGCUUAUAUCAAGCUUUUGGACCAGACUAAAGAUACCAGAAUUACGCACAUUUUGAGGCAGACCACUGGAUUCUUGCGCACGUUGAUCGAGUCUGUUAAAGUUCAGCAGAGAGAUACUCAGGAACACAUGGUCCAUUACCGUCGUGCUGAGUCUGAAGAGGCCCCGGUGGACGAGCAAGAUGAAGAGGAGCGUGAAAAUGCCGACUACUACUCCGUUGCUCACCGUGUUCAGGAGAAGAUUGAAAAACAGCCAUCCAUCCUUGUUGGUGGAACACUCAAGGAGUAUCAGAUCAGAGGUUUGGAAUGGAUGGUCUCGCUGUUCAAUAACCAUUUGAACGGUAUUCUUGCCGACGAGAUGGGGCUGGGUAAGACCAUCCAAACCAUCUCUCUUCUCACCUACAUCACCGAAGUGAAAAAAAUUCCUGGUCCGUUCCUUGUUAUCGUGCCGCUUUCGACACUGCCCAACUGGAAUUUGGAGUUCGACAAGUGGGCACCAAGUUUGAAGAAGAUCAGUUACAAGGGAUCACCUCAAGUGCGUAAGGAGUUGGCAUUUGAUGUCAGAGCGGGAAACUUUAACGUUUUACUGACAACAUACGAGUAUGUGAUCAAAGAUAAAUACCUCCUCUCGAAGGUGAAAUGGGUUCACAUGAUCAUUGAUGAAGGUCACAGAAUGAAGAACACAAAGUCCAAGCUUUCGUCGACACUGACAGAAUACUACCAUUCUGACUACAGACUGAUUUUGACGGGUACUCCAUUACAAAACAACCUGCCAGAGUUGUGGGCCUUGUUGAACUUUGUGCUUCCAAAGAUCUUCAACUCCGACAAGUCUUUCGACGACUGGUUCAACACUCCGUUUGCCAAUACCGGAACUCAGGACAAGUUGGAACUGUCCGAGGAAGAGACGUUGCUGGUUAUCAGAAGAUUGCACAAGGUGUUGAGACCAUUCUUGUUGAGAAGAUUGAAGAAAGACGUCGAGAAGAGUUUGCCAAAUAAGGUCGAAAAGGUCAUCAAGUGCCGUAAGUCGGGACUACAAGUUAAGCUUUACCACCAGAUGCUCAAGUACAAUCAGCUAUUUGUGGGAGACUCCGAUUCGAAAGCUCCUGUUGGUAUCAAAGGUAUGAAUAACAAGCUGAUGCAGCUGAGAAAGAUUUGCAACCAUCCAUUUGUUUUCCCAGCCAUUGAAGACAUGAUCAACCCGUCCCAUGAGAACAACGACACUAUUUGGAGAACGAGUGGUAAGUUUGAGCUGUUGGAUAGAAUUCUUCCGAAGUUCCGUGCCAGUGGCCACAGAGUGUUGAUGUUCUUCCAGAUGACCCAGAUUAUGGACAUCAUGGAGGAUUUCCUCAGAUUCAGAGGCAUGCACUAUAUGAGACUAGAUGGUGAUACUAAGGCCGAUGACCGUACGGCUCUGUUGAAAGACUUUAAUGCCGAUGACUCACCGUACUUUGUGUUUUUGUUGUCCACCAGAGCUGGUGGUUUGGGAUUGAACUUGCAGACGGCAGACACGGUCAUUAUUUUCGACACCGACUGGAACCCCCACCAGGACUUACAGGCACAGGACAGAGCGCACCGUAUUGGUCAGAAGAACGAGGUGCGAAUUUUGAGACUGAUCACGAGCGACUCUAUUGAGGAGUACAUUCUCGAGAGGGCCCACCAGAAGCUCGACAUUGACGGCAAGGUUAUCCAGGCCGGAAAGUUUGACCAGAAGUCGACUUCCGAAGAACAGGAGGCGCUGCUGCGUCAGCUGCUGGAGGCCGAAGAGAACGAGAAGGACGAGGACGAGGUGCUUGACGACAACGAUCUGAACGAGAUUCUUGCUAGAAACGAGGACGAGCUCAAGACUUUCCAGAAGUUGGACGAGGAGCGUAUCGAGGAGGCGCACGGCCAGCCACGGUUGAUUGCCGAGUCGGAGCUGCCGGAGAUCUACAACCAGGAGCCGGAGAUCACAGACGAAGCGGAAGAGAUGUUGCAGUACGGCCGUGGCACGCGGGAGCGCAAGGUCCAGCACUACGACGAAAACAUCACCGAAGAGCAGUGGCUGCGGGAGAUCAACGGGUACGCGUCUGACGACGACGGGGCCAGGCCGAAGAAGAGCAGAAAGCGUCGGAAGAAGAACGACGUUGUUGCUGAGGAGCUGGACGGGCUUGUGGACGAGAACGGCGACCUUGCCGACUUUAUAGACGACGACGACGAGGAAGUUGCGCACAAGAAGCCCAAGACUGCGAAGCGCAAGCUCAAGGUUGGGUCCGAGCGGUCCACGAGGUCUCCGUCCGAGUUGGGCGACUCUGCACCGCAGACUCCAGCGGGCGGGUUCAUUGCCAAGAAGCGCAAGGGCAGGGGACAGGCUGCGUCGGCCCCAAUUUGCCGCAAGGAGAAUUUUGUGCCCCAGGAGCUCACCAUGGAGGAAAGACACAGUCUCCAGCUGCAACUCAACGAUAUUCUCGACCAGCUGCUCAACAUGAACUCUGAAGAUGGCCGCAAACUGUCUGCGAUCUUCCUCACCAAACCUGUCAAGCGCAUCUACCCGGACUAUUACGUGAUAAUCAAAAAUCCGAUCGCAUUUGACGGAAUCAAACGCAGAGUCCAGGGCGAGAUCUACUACAACCUUGAGGAGUUCAUGUACGAUCUCCAUCUAAUGUUUGCCAACGCAAGAAUCUACAACCAGGAAGGUUCUGUCGUUUACAACGAUGCCAACGACAUGGAGCAAGAAGCGUUGAGACUCUACGCCAAUAUCAGAGACGGAGCCACCAUGGACUUCACCGAGUUCGACGAGCGGUUUGGGCUAAAACGAAACCCUCCCGCUGCGGUUGCAGGGCAACCAGUCAACGGCUCGUUUGUUCCAGAAGUGGCCCCGUAA